GCAUUUAGUAACACUGAAAACUUUUUUCGCAACGCAACGGGGUGGCGAAACGCUGCCGAAAAUCAAGCUAAAACCGUGUAAUUAUCCACAAGCCGUGGCCAACAAGCGUUCCGGUGCCGAGGCGCUGCAAAAUGUGAUGUUUGCCGGGCUCAGCAAACGCUCGGCGACCGCAGACAAAGUGCAAAACCCAAACCUCUGACCCAAGCGCGUCAUCUCACCCAAAGGAGUGAGCGAGAGAGAGGGAGAAAAACUAGCGCUGCCGAAGACGUUGGAAUUCGUGAGCUUUUGUUGUUGCUGCAGUACAGCAAUAACGGUAGAGAGACAACAACAACAAAUACCAAUGACAAAGUGAAACUGACUGCGCUGCCCCAAAAACAACAAUAACAAUAGCAACAAAGCGAUAUAGGAAGAGCAAAACUGUGAUCUCUGCUUUACUUUUUUUGGGGGGCAAUUGUUCAAUUUGGCUGUGCUCGAAAGUUAAUUUAGUCAACUCGUUACGCGUAUUUGCGGUGUUUGGCAACGCUUUUUCCAACCGACGUCUGGAAAAUCAAUUCUUCGGCUUGCCAAAGAGCAACAACAACUAGCAGUUGUUGAAUUUUUUUUACUGCUGCUGCGGCCCAGCCCAAAACAAAAAGGCAAAGAAGCAGCGAAGAGAAGGAAGGAGAAGAAGCAGCGCAGCCGGAUUUGCAAAUAGCUUGCGGCAGCGCGAACGAAGGUUAGCUGGAAAGAUGGCCUACCGAAAGCCCAGCGAUCUGGAUGGAUUCAUCCAGCAGAUGCCCAAGGCGGAUAUGCGCGUCAAGGUGCAGCUCGCCGAGGAUCUGGUUACGUUCCUGAGCGACGACACAAACUCGAUUGUCUGCAUGGACAUGGGCUUCCUCAUCGAUGGAUUGAUGCCAUGGCUGACGGGCAGCCACUUUAAGAUUGCACAAAAGUCCCUGGAGGCGUUCUCGGAGCUGAUCAAGCGCCUGGGCAGCGAUUUCAACGCAUACACAGCGACCGUUUUGCCACAUGUGAUCGAUCGGCUGGGCGACAGCAGGGACACGGUCCGCGAGAAGGCGCAACUCCUGCUGCGCGACCUCAUGGAGCACCGAGUGCUUCCGCCUCAGGUGCUGAUCGACAAACUGGCCGCCAGCUGCUUCAAGCACAAGAACGCCAAGGUGCGCGAGGAGUUCCUGCAGACGAUAGUGAAUGCUCUCCACGAGUACGGCACCCAGCAGCUCAGCGUGCGCGUCUAUAUUCCGCCAGUUUGUGCCCUCCUCGGCGAUCCCACGGUGAACGUGAGAGAAGCGGCCAUCCAGACGCUGGUGGAGAUCUAUAAGCAUGUGGGGGAUCGCCUGCGGCCGGACCUGCGUCGCAUGGAUGACGUGCCCGCCUCGAAACUGGCGAUGCUGGAGCAAAAAUUCGAUCAGGUGAAGCAGGAGGGCCUUCUGCUGCCUUCCGCCCUUAAAAACACCAAUGGCAAUGGCAAUGGAGUUGGUUUGGACGAGGCGGACAACAUCGGGAUAAGGGAGCGACCCACCCGGAUGAUCAAGCGACCUCUGCACUCGGCCAUCUCUUCAUCGCUGCGCUCCAAACAGAGUGUAAACGACGUGAGCGGUGAUGCCGGUGCCGUGACCAUGGAGACCUUUGAAUCAAGCUUCGAGGCGGUCCCGCAGUUGAGCAUCUUCCACGCCAAGGACAUGGACGACAUCUACAAGCAAAUACUGGUGAUCAUUAGCGACAAGAACGCCGACUGGGAAAAGAGAGUGGAUGCUCUGAAGAAGAUCCGGGCACUGCUCAUCCUCAGUUACCACACCCAGCCGCAGUUUGUGGCCGUCCAGCUGAAGGAGCUGUCUUUAAGCUUCCUGGACAUCCUCAAAGAGGAGCUGCGCUCACAGGUGAUCCGCGAGGCGUGCAUCACCAUCGCCUACAUGUCCAAGACGUUGCGGAACAAACUGGAUGCCUUCUGCUGGAGCAUUCUGGAGCAGCUUAUCAAUCUGAUCCAGAACAGCGCCAAGGUCAUUGCUUCGGCCUCCACGAUAGCCCUGAAGUACAUCAUCAAGUACACACAUGCGCCAAAACUGCUCAAGAUCUACACGGACACACUGAAUCAAUCAAAAUCAAAGGACAUUAGGUCCACGCUCUGCGAGCUGAUGGUGCUGCUCUUCGAGGAGUGGCAGACGAAGGCGCUGGAGCGGCAUGCCACCAUUCUGCGGGAUACAUUGAAGAAAUCCAUCGGUGAUGCGGACUGCGAUGCGCGCCGGCAUUCCAGGUGUGCCUACUGGGAGUUCAGGCGGCACUUUCCCGAUCUGGCGGAUCAGAUAUAUGGCACUCUGGACAUAGCCGCCCAGCGGGCGUUGGAAAGGGAGCGCGAGGGUGGCGGCGGAGGAGGAGGAGGAAGUGUGGCUCCGCCGGAAACUAGACGCACUGUAUCCCGCAUCGGCCGAACUCCUGGGACCCUGCAGAAGCCCGCGGCCAGUAUGCGAUCCAUUUCAGCCGUGGACACGGCGGCUGCCCAAAGAGCCAAAGCCCGGGCUCAAUAUACACUUUAUUCUAGGCAAAGAAAGCCGCUGGGACCGAGCAACUCCAACCAGACACCGAUGACGGGGGCGGCGGCCAGUGGAUCGCUGCCCAGACCACGCCUCAAUUCCAACAGCGGUGCCACGCCGGCCACCACACCGGGAUCGGUGACGCCGCGCCCUCGCGGACGAGCAGGUGUCUCGCAGUCACAGCCAGGAUCACGUUCCACCUCGCCAAGCACAAAGCUGCGGGAUCAGUACGGCGGAAUUAGUAGCUACUAUCGCGGAGCCACUGGCGCCAUACCGAAGAAGGCCUCUGGCAUACCCAGAAGUACGGCGAGCUCCAGGGAAACGAGUCCAACUCGAUCAGGAGGCGGUGGCCUGAUGAAGCGCAGCAUGUACUCGACGGGAGCGGGAGCACGGCGAACGCCGGAGAGGAAUAAUCCCGUGAGGCCCUCGGCGGCAGCACGACUCCUGGCCCAAUCCCGUGAAGCAGAGCACACACUGGGCGUCGGCGAAGACGGACAGCCGGACUAUGUGUCCGGAGACUACAUGCGCAGCGGUGGAAUGCGGAUGGGCAGGAAGCUGCUGGGACGAGACGAGUCCGAUGACAUAGACUCCGAGGCCAGCUCCGUGUGCUCGGAGCGAUCCUUUGACUCCAGCUACACGAGGGGCAACAAAUCGAACUAUUCGCUGAGUGGUAGCCACACCCGACUGGACUGGAGCACGCAGCGGGCGCCCUUUGACGACAUCGACACGAUCAUUCAGUUCUGCGCCUCGACACAUUGGUCGGAACGGAAGGACGGGCUGAUCAGCCUCACCCAGUAUCUGGCCGACGGCAAGGAGCUCACGCAGCAGCAGUUGCAGUGCGUCCUGGACAUGUUCCGCAAGAUGUUCAUGGACACGCACACGAAGGUGUACUCGCUGUUCCUGGACACGGUCACCGAGCUGAUUCUGGUGCAUGCUCCCGAGCUGCACGACUGGCUCUUCAUCCUGCUGACGCGCCUGUUCAACAAGCUGGGCACCGAUCUUCUCAACUCGAUGCACAGCAAGAUCUGGAAGACGCUGCAGGUUGUGCACGAAUACUUCCCCACGCAACUCCAGCUCAAGGAGCUCUUCAGGAUUAUCUCCGACUCGACGCAGACGCCGACAACCAAGACGCGCAUCGCCAUCCUGCGCUUCCUCUCCGAACUGGCCAACACGUACUGCAAGAGCAGCGACUUCCCCAGCGACCAGAGCCAGGCCUGCGAGCGGACGGUCCUCAAGCUGGCCCAGCAGGCGGGCGACCAGAAGUCGAUGGAGCUGCGCUCGCACGCCAGAAGCUGCCUGGUGGCCCUGUACAACCUGAACACUCCGCAGAUGACCCGGCUGCUGGCCAACCUGCCAAAGGGCUACCAGGACUCGGCCCGUUCCUGCAUUCAGUCGCACAUGCGCCGACAGAGCCAAAGCGGCAACUCGGGUGCCAAUUCGCCUAGCAGCUCUCCGUUGAGCAGCAGCAGUCCCAAGCCCUUGCAGAGUCCCUCGGUGGGACCGUUCGCCUCGCUGCAGAGCCACCACCAGCUCAGCCUGAGCUCCACUAGUCCCCGCUCGCGGCAGUCGUCCGUGGAGCAGGAGCUGCUCUUCUCCUCGGAGCUGGACGCCAUUCAGCACAAUAUCCAGAAGACGUCGGAGGAGAUCCGGCACUGCUUCGGCGGCCAGUAUCAGACGGCGCUGGCGCCCAAUGGCUUCAAUGGACACCUGCAGUACCACGAUCAGGGUCAGCAGGACUCGUGUGCCUCCCUGUCUUCCAACUCCAAGACGCAAUCGUCAGCCAACACCACGCAGUCGAAUACCCCGGAGUCGGCCACCAUGCGUCUGGACAAUCUGGAGCGGGAUCGAGCCGCCCACAUCGCCAAGUCGCCGCAGCCAACGGGCGAUGCCAAGGUGCCCACGUUCUCGCUGAAUAUGGCGGAGAACGGCGAGCUGAUUUUGGCCAGUGACCUCAUGGAGAGCGAAGUGGUGCGCGUGGCCUUGACCCUCACAAAAGAUCAGCCCGUGGAGCUGCUACAGACGUCGCUCACCAACCUGGGCAUCUGCAUCAAGGGCGGCAAUUGUGAGCUGCCAAACAAGCACUUCAGGUCGAUCAUGCGGAUGCUGCUGAACAUUUUGGAGGCGGAGCAUACGGACGUGGUCAUCGCUGGCCUGCACGUGCUGAGCAAGAUCAUGCGCAGCAGCAAGAUGCGCCACAACUGGAUGCACUUCCUGGAGCUGAUCCUGCUGAAGAUCAUCCAGUGCUAUCAGCACAGCAAGGAGGCUCUGCGGGACAUCGACUCGAUGAUACCGAGGAUAGCGCCUUCCCUGCCGCUGGACCUGUCCAUCAACAUUGUCAAUCCGGUGAUUGCGACGGGCGAGUUCCCCACGAAUCUGUGCGCCAUCAAGAUCCUGCUGGAGGUGACCGAGCACCACGGCUCGGAGAUCACGGACGCCCACCUGGACAUUGUGUUCCCGAAUCUGGCGCGAUCGGCGGACGACACGCAAUCGAUGGUGCGCAAGGCGGCGGUCUUCUGCAUCGUCAAGCUCUAUUUCGUGCUCGGCGAGGAGAAGGUCAAGCCGAAGCUCUCCGUGCUGAAUCCCAGCAAGGUGCGGCUGCUCAACGUGUACAUCGAGAAGCAGCGCAACUGCAUCGGUGGCGGCGGCGGUGGCGGCAGCUCGACGAAGAACUCGUCGGCGGCAUCGUCGUCAUGAUUUCGGGGGACUUCGCCAGGGUUCCUGCACCAGCACCACAAAUAAGACACGGACGCAGUGACACCACUCGGCCAGCUAAGGAAGUGAGGAGCGGCGGACAUUUAAUGAUAUAUAAUACAUUAACUAAUUAUUUAUAACUAAUUAUUACCGAUGAUCCGAUAAAUGUGUAACUGUUCGA